AUGAGCGCCUCUUUAGCGAGGUUCACCUAUGAACUGAUUUUCAACAUACUCCCGGUAAAGUCGGGCGGCAAUGGCACAGGAGAAGUGGAAAGCGACCCAUUUUUCAAUAAUUGCCGAACAUUGCUAUUCAAUCUGUCUACUACUUACAGUGUCGAGUUUGCCAUCGAAGAAACACUCCGUCUGAUAGAAGUUAUUACCAAACAACAGAAGACCUCCGCGCUGUCGGAAAAAGCUCUUAUCUCACUUUUAGUACUGUUGCGACUACUUAGCGAUAUCGCCGAAACGUGCUGGAAGGAUGAGGAUAUCAGGCAAAUGCCACAAGCGCACAACUACCUCGACCAGGAGGAAAACAUUUCUAAAAGCGUUGCUGGGUUCUCCACGCAGAGGCUAUGUUUCCAUAACGCACGUCCCAAGGCCGUUAGUUCUGCCACCGCCCAGAAAUUCAUAAAGGCGCUAAGUCGGUUAAAGCUUAGCUUUGGCACAGCGCGGCUUUCAAAGAGAAACUCCUCUUCCCAGUACAACCCUCAGAAUUCUCCGGUAUCUUCAAGCAAAAACGAUGCCAUUUUUGCUGAUCAGGAACAGCCGAUUCUAUUCAAAGCUGUUGGAACCAACGUUGAGUACCUUUGCUGCUUUGCGUCGGCGGCAAACCCCAACGAGUUUUCAGAGUUCAUAACCUCCACAAUCAUUAAUCCAUUAGCAUCAAAUCAUAGAGCUAGUGAGGGAGACGCUACCCAAUAUUUAGAGCUAUUCUCAUCCUAUUACAUCACACCCUCGAACCUUCCCAGAUUCUUGCAAACUACAUCUAAGAUUUUGGACCACCUAAAGAAAACCGCCUAUCAAGAGCCUAUGCUGAUGUACUCUUCGCAGGCCCUAAUGACAUGGGUCUUAUCUCGGCCUAAUGAAUACGUGGCGGUGAUGAAUGAUAUAAAAGAUUCAAAGGACGAAAACACUCAUGCGGUUUGCAAAUGCACAUCAAAUCUCUUCGACGAAAUGCACUCAAAUUUCAAUGUCUCCUAUCUGCUCACAAUUACGGCCAGCUCCAAUGCAGCAAUCGCAGAGUAUAAAAACUCUCCUUCUUCUUCAGACGUCCCUUCCCCCGUUUCAUCCUCUGGAAACUCAUCUUAUUUUUCCCCAGAUCCUAUAGGCACGAAGAGGUCUCGCGCGGACUCGGAUUCAACAAAUAGCUGCCUAAGUGCUGAUUAUCUAAAUUUUUCAGCGAUGAUGGGAAUUUUAUUCCAGGGGGAAGAGGCUGCCAAUUUAGCAAUCUUAAGAUUCCUGAUUGUAAUGCUUCUCUUUCAACCUGGAAUAUUUGAGGAAAUGAAUCUCAUAAGCUUCAAACAUAUUCCUGAUGAACAAAAUACAAGCAAUGAUGAAAGCUUAUGCAGAUCAAACACUGAGGAAGAAAAGCGAAAACCACAAUCUCAGCUUUCAAAGCUAAGACAGUCCAACCAUAGGAAACUCCAGACUCUAAAAUUUCCAUCUUUUACUUCUGGAAGUAAGAAAGUGAAAUUUUUGAGCACCCUUAUUAAAAACAUUAAUGGGUCUCAGAUUGUUUCUGACACUUCUCUUUUGGACACUUUGAGAUCACUUGUAGUGUUGUUUCGUAUCGCAUCUGCCAUUCACCUGGCUGAUACUGAAUCACCAAUCGUUUCCUUCUCUCGACGUCUGCUGUUUGUUGUUGGCGAUUCCCUUCAACUUUGCGAGGCAUCCCAGGGUAAAAAGAACCCUGUUAUAGCAAGAUGCCUCGCGCGAAACCCAACAUCUCAUACCAGACUUCAUAUUGCAUUUUUCGCGCCUGCGUUGAUACUCGAUCCUACUUCGUUCAUCACACGACUCACACAGUUUACGCAAAACAAGCAUAGUGGUUUCAAACACUUACGGACUCUCACUGAAGGCUUCAAAAUGUUUUUCAGAAUACCGAACAUUCCAAAGCUCUAUUUAGAAACCGUUUUAAGAUCAACUGAUUUUUUCAAAAAAACGCUAGUUGAGAUGUCUGACGUGAUUUUGGCGGCUUCGCAAUACUUCUCAGAUAAUAUGUCUUCUAUUGUUGAAGGGGUUUUAAACGGAUCAAUGAAAAACGACUUUGAGGAAUCCAUCUACCCCUCCAUUCCCACAGCGGCUCUUCAUCCACAAAUAUUAAGAAACAGCCCCAAUAAAGGUGACGCGCUUAGCACUACUUCAUCCUCAUCAGUGUCUUCAGGCGCAAGCUCCCAUGGCGAAAAAAGAAGCAAUUCCAAAGGCGCAGGCGAUAAGCCGGAAAUUUUGGCGCCCCAUGCAAGAAGGGCUUCUGGUUCGUCAUUCACUGCAUCAAGCAGAAGCUCAAAACCUUCUUCUUCGGAAGGAGAAAAGCCAAUGCAUGGUGUCCGUUCUCAACUUGAGAACCUGCAUAAGAAUGUCAAGUCCCCUUUGAGAUUUUCUCGGUCAAGGGAGCCCUCAAAUGAAUCACUGCAUCCAACCCCUUUACAGACGACAAACUUCAAAGCAUCAAGCGAUACGCCCCCUAUUGUUACUCAUAACUUAACCUUUACAGACCUCGCGGACGCUCGAGUUACAUUGGUCAAUAUAAUAUCGGUGUACAGGAGGAUGAUCCAGUAUUACUUCGUGAGUCUAGAUGGAGCCGAGCCAACCAAAGUUAGCGAAGAUUACAGCUUGUUGAUUAAGCCACUCUUUGUGGGCCUAAUAGAUGACCAACCCGCGGUACAAGAAACUGCAAAAUCAUUUGCAGCAAUAAUUGCCCUCUACGCUCUCAAACUUGAAAAUGACAAAAGCUGCGAGCAAAUGCAGCUAGUGCUGUAUAAAGGCGCGGCGUACCUGGUAACACUAAUCUCUACGACUCUUUUCAAUCUCAACUUGAGCGACUCAAAACGGGAACAACUACUGGAUGUUGUUUUGAAGUACUUGGAUGUUCGCCUUCGACUAAAGUCAUGCUUGGACAGAGAAACCCUUCAAAAAAUCGAGGGUGACACCUUUAAACUGUUGCAUGGAGCCAUAGGCCGAGCCUUGUUUGCUUCUCUGUACUCUCAUGAGCCUAGGAUUCAUGUUUUACUGAAGGCGUGCUUCAAGAACUUUUUAAGAGAGCUGGACUCUCACGACAAAAUGAUGGGAAACACUCAGGAAACAGAGAAGUAUAAUAAAAACUUCUUCUACUCUAUGUGCAAAGACAACUAUGUGUCCAGUGGAGCAGUGGCUUUUCAACGCCGGUUAAGGAGUGAUAUUUUGAAAUAUGUUGAAUUUCCUGACAAAAUGUUAUUUGAUACAUUGAACUUAAUGUAUAAUCAAUGGGUGGCAUUUGGACAGAGAAGUCAUUUAAAUUCUACGGAAGCUAGUCACUUCCGAAACUUGGCCGGUAUAAUUGCAGCCAGUUGCGGAGUUUUUCUCACUAUUGAUUCUCAAGUACUGAAAGAAUCUCCAUACAUUGCAAACAUGCAACAAGAGGUGAGCGAGCUUGUUGACUAUUUCCUUUCGAUGCAAUGUCUUUGGUUGAAUGACUCGGACCUUCUCACACGUGAAAAUUCUAAAGAUAUCAUUAGCACAGAGCUUCAUCCUUUGGCGUUCAAGUUGCUGUUUAAAAAUUUGAAAAAGAGGGUCGACGAUCUAGAGGACCUUGAUCUCACCAUUUCCGAGAAUGAUUCAUCCUUCCUCCUCUUGGAGCAGGUAAUUUUAAUUCUACGAACAAUGCUAGAGCGAGAAGAUUCAAAAGGUGAACUCAUUUUGGUUUCUCUCGAGAUUUUGUCUUUGGUUAAUCAACUUUUUAAGAUAGUGGGAGACAUUAAUCAUGAGUCUACUAGGUACUACAAAGCAAUCAUCCAUCUUUCCAAAAUGUUGAGAUCUUUUGAGAACACAGAGAAAAGCAUCUGUAUUUCAGGCUAUCUGUUGAUCAAAAACAGGUGGUUGCAGCUGGCGAUAUCAUGGUUCAAGUCAACAAUUUUCAAAGAGUUUGAUUUGGAAAACUUAGCGCGCCCUCACCGCGAAAUGGAUCUCAAAAGAAGGGACAUAGACUACCUGUACAUCGAUACCUCCAUUGAAUCAUCCAAGGCCUUGGCUUACAUUACUAAAGACCUAAUGUUAGAGGUUCCUUUGUCAAUAUCAGAAAGUGAACUCAAAAGAUCCAAGGCUGUGACUUUUGGAAACUACUUCAGCAUUAUGCUGAAGGGCCUGGAAAGAAGUUCAUGUGUUGAAAAUUAUCCAACCACACUGCGACACAAGAUUGGGGUCCUGAACGAUAACAUCAUAACUUCAUUAACAAACCUCUUGAAUGCAAAUGUUGACGUUGGUUUGAAGUACGCACUACCCAUCGGAUAUUCUAAAAACCAAAGCAUCAAAGUCGCGUUUCUCAAAGUUUUUGUUAAAAUUAUUUCCAAUUUUGACAUUCAUAAGGUAAAGUUUUCUGCCUACAAGAAUAAACUAAUCGAAGAAUUUGUGGAAGAGUCCCUGAAAAAUCCUCGGUUUAUAUCUCUGGCAGCAAGGAUUUGCCCGGCGAAUGACAUUGAUGCUCUGUCUAGCAGCAUGCUUACCGUAUUUGAAGUCAAAAACGCCGCACACAUUAUUGUCGUCGAAUUGAUCAAAGACGAAAUUCAGAAUGCAUCUCGUUAUGCAGACGUGUUAAGGAGAAAUAGCUGCGCAACGAGAGCUUUAUCUAUGUUUUCAAGAUUAAAAGGUAGUGACUAUCUGGCAAAAACUCUCAAACCCGUUUUAGAGGGUAUCAUCAACAAAGGGGAAUCUUUUGAAAUAGAAAAGCUAUCGCCAGAUGACCCGGACGCAGAGAGGAACGCUCAGCUUUUCACCAAAUAUCUCGAAAUGCUUAUUGACUCUAUUGUUAAUUCCAUAUCAUCCUUUCCACCUGAGUUUUUUAUUCUUUGUCAAACAAUCUACCUAAGUGUGAGAAACAAGUUCCCGGGUUACGAGAAGGUUGCAGUUGGGUCUUUCAUAUUUUUGAGAUUUUUUUGCCCAGCCUUGGUGAGCCCGGAUGCCGAAAACAUUGUUGACAUCGUGACUCCUCCACAAAAGAGAUCUUUUGUCAUAAUGGCCAAAGUUGUUCAAAAUAUUGCAAACGGCUCGAUAAAUUCUAUGAAAUGGCCGUUGCUCAAUUCGAGAUCUUCGUUUCUCCACGAAUGCAGUGAGAAAGUUUCAAAGUACCUGACCGAAAUUGCUAAUCCCACGCGCGUCAUUACGACUAGAGUUUCGUCCGAAAGAAAGGUCACAGUGAGUGAGUUCAACUACCUCCACAGAUACAUAUACCAGCACGGGUUGGAGAUUAGGGGUGAAGUAAUUGCUGGAAUAAAGUCUAACGAGGAUUUUAAUACGAUGAAGAGGGUAUCUGCUUUCACAGAUAACCUUCUUUCAGCUCUCGGUCAACCACGCAUGGAAUUUAGAAACGAAAUUCCACCCUUUAUUAGAGACAAAAUGGAUCAAUAUCCUGAACUUUAUGAUUUUAUGUCAAGGCAUUCACUUAGGACAUUUGACUUUAAAGAUGAUUUUCCAUUUAUUAACGAGGCAGUGUCCUCAGAAGGUCUACCAAUAAUUAUAUUCACUUAUAAAUUGCUCCAGAAGCAGACCUGCGAUACAGAAGCAUUGACUUAUCGAACGUUUCAAGUUUACUCCAAGGUGUGGGCGUCAAAACACUACUUUGUAGUUGAUUGUACAGGAUUCGACGUUCAUGCAGCUGAUGAUAAGAAGCUUCUGACAUUCUUCUUCAACCUAAUACCCGACGAGGCUGCUAAAAAUUGCGCAAGAUUUUACUAUCAUAACAUGACAGAAGACUUUUUGAAGAUGUGGUUGCCCAUUUUCAAAGCUCAUAAUCCUUAUUUGAUACCGUACAAUACUCCACAUGAUUUUAUCAAUAGUGACUCAAAUUCAGAUACGAUCAAGAGCCUGAAGCUUACUCCUUUCUCCAAUGAAGUUUACACUGACGUAAGAGUAACUUUACAUGAUGUCUCGCUAUAUGAUCCUGCCAGGGAACGCUUUACUCCUGUGACAUUGAAAAUCGGCAACAAAUACGUUCAAAUGAUAUCUGAGACUCCUUACCGCUUUAAAGUUACCGGUAUUGAUGAGGUGGUUGAAAUUAAUUUUAAUAACGUGUAUGAAGUGGCGAGCGUUGCAUCCACAACUGUGUCAUUUGAAACCGGAGUGCCCUCAGAAUUCACUAUAAAUUUUGAUGAUGGAUCAAAACUUGUGUUUUGCAGCUCAAAAUAUCUUGAGAUCAUCAAAAUUUUUUAUUACGCUCAGGCUCGAAUAGAGGAAGAGUAUGAUAGUCCUAACUCCGAAAACACCAAACAGUCACACAAUCCUCACAAUGAUGAAAAAGAGACACAAGAAAUUUUGGGGAGUUUAUUGUUAGUGAUAUACGCUGGAUUUUGCAGCGAUGAUGAGAAUGUCAAAAACAUUUCAUACAACGUCCUCGCUGCAACCCAAGAGUCCUUCGGUUUAGAUUUUGGUUGCAAGCUUCGUGUUUCCCCUGAAGUGCAUGUCCCGCAUGAUACAUCAGCUUUCUGUGACUCUCUUCUCACGGGCCUUGCGAAAACUGCACCCGAGCUGUCUCUUGUGGUGUGGAAAGCAGUUUUGGAGGGGCUCUCGGAUAUUUUUGAAGUUCAUCAUGUCCCACAUGUUAUCAAUAGUUUGACACCAUGGGUUGGAAACCUCUACAAGUAUGUGUAUCUGGCAGAUGAUGAAAAAGGUCCAGAAAAUGUCUCCUACAUCAUUAGGACCUUAAUCAGCCUCAGUGUGAGGGAUUCGCGGCUAAUUAUGAUUUAUAGCCAGUGUAUCUGGUCUACGCUCAUCCUUGAAGCAGACUUGGUGAGCGUCAUUGUCGAUGAGAUAGUCAAUCACUCCAUUGACAGAGACUCAGAAGGAGCGGACUGGAAAAACGUCAUUGCCCUCUUAACAAGGGUUUCAACUGUUGAGGUUUGCAGCGAAGUUGUGAACAGGAUACUCAAGGUGACCCGAUCUUUCCUACCGUCCUUAAAGAUGGAAUCUUCUACUAACAGUUGGUCGGAGUUGAUAAUUUUAGUGAAUAUCGGAGUUGCGCUAUUCUUUGACUCACUUCUUCUUGCACAACUUUACUUACCGGAGGUUCUUUACAUUGUUUCGCUGCUUAUUGACGUCGGUCCUUCAGAAAUGAGGCUUUCGCUGCAUAAAUUAUUAAUGAACGUUUGCCAAUCUUUAUCUACAAAUGAGUUCCUGCCGGCUGACAAAAGAAAAACUUUGGAUGAGAUCGAAGAAACCUUUUCAAGACAUAAAAUGAGAUUUAUGUCUGGGUUCAGCCAAGAUAAAGGACGCAUUUUACAGAGCUUUAGUGCGUCGUCCUUCUUGAGUAAGUUCACUACUUUAGAGCACUUCAUCAGCAACAUUACCUUACUGAUGGACUGUUCUUCAGAGAAGGACUGUGCACAAUGGAAAGCGAAGUAUAACAAAUAUGUCAUGGACGCAGUUUUCAAUGUUGAUUCAUUCUUGUCUGCUCGCGCGACUAUGAUUAUCGGGAUAAUAGGCCAACAAGGUAUUUCAGAAUCUUUGUGUCAAAGUCUUCUGCUGCAGACCAUUAAGACUAUUGCAGAACCUUACAUCAAUGAUGAGCAGCUUUUUUUCGUCAUAUCACAUGCCUUCACUUACAGUAAGGUUGUGCUCGGAUUAUCGCCCUCAUCGCCAUUGUUGAAGCAGCUUUUUUGGUUGGCGACUACUUUUGCACAAUCUCCUAACACCAUAUUCUAUCACGGCGGACUCCUUUUCAUGGCAAACUCUGUGAAGCGCAUAUGUUCUGAUAGAAGCCUGGGGGGCGGAGAACCUUUCCCCCAGCUACUCAUCAGUAGCAGGCGUUUUGCUGAUGCACUCUUUGCCGAACUUGAAGCUAUGGUCGCUGUGCAGUGGACCGUUCAAAAUUUUCCUCAUAUCGUAUUAAAUUUGGUGAGCAAGGGUAUGCUGGUGCCUCAUAUAAAGACGACGGCGGUGGACUGCUUAAAAUUGUUUUUGACGUUGAGCUACAAAGACUUGUCAUAUGGCCCAAGUGAAGAUUUCAUGUGCUACCUUCUAUUUUUUUACCUGGUUUCUAGGCCCUCAAAACUCAGCGCAUCAUUAGAAGAACUGCAGGUCGAGCACAAAGUGGUUUAUCUUGAUGAACAGAACUUUGUUAUCGAGAGCCUGCUAGAAUGGCUUCAGUCUGGUUCCGAAGUCUCUUUGAUAGCACUCUACCAAGCCUCUGUUUACUUUGCAUCUGGUGGGUCUGAUGAAUUAAGCAAGCUUAGAUAUCUGCUUCUUGUGGAGCGCUUGGUUCAAAGCCGACCUAAAAAGGUUAUCCAAAUAUAUUCUCUGAUCCGCAACGAACUAAAACGGAUUUCAACAUUGGAUGUUCAGUCCGAAUUCCGUCAACUGGUUUUCUCUAUAGCGCAAACGCUUGUAAAGGAGAAGGAGUACAUGAACUGCGAGCAGCACCUAAUCAAAACUAAUGAGCUUUUAAAGUCAAGAAACCUUAGUGGCAUUCGGAUGAUAGAGUUUCCCUUUCCCAACUCAGACUCCAUGUCUGGCAUUAGGACCAAUCCUUACGCGAUUUACGAGAGGAAAAAGCUUAGCGUCAAAAUCAUGUCUCGAAUGCUCAGCUCGAGCGAGGAUAUUUGA